CAAAGCUCCUUUACCUUUAAUUCACCAAGCUCAACUCCCCCCAUAAGAAUCUUCAAAAAAAUACACAUUUUUUCCUAGUAAAUGGCCAUAAAUCCUCUUCCAUCAUCAAUGGAACACUCAAAUGAUGAAGAAUACAUAGACAUUGAAGUGAACUCUUGCUCUUACUUUUCAUCAUGUCCUAAUUCUUCUUCCCCUCAAAACAGAGAAUUUGAGUUCCAAAUGGCCUCAAUUACCAAUUAUAACAAAGAAUCCACAACUUCCCCUGCUGAUGAACUCUUUUACAGAGGAAGACUCCUUCCUCUUCACCAAAAAAUCCUUCAAACAGAGCUCUUUGAAGAUUUAGAAGAUAGUUUUUGUAUAAAUUUCUUGAUCACCCCAAUUGGUUCACCAUCACAAACUUGCAAUGUGAGUUUUGAACUUAAUCCAAAUGAUCAUAAAAUAAGUCCUAAGAAAUUGUGGACUAAGUUCAUUAAACAUUCUUUAAUCAACCAAAAGUUCAAAUCUUCAAGGGAAUUUCUCAAGUCUUUGUUUAGCAAAUCUUAUGGUAACUGUUGUUCUAGUAAGGACAUGAAAGUUUCCAAGAAAAAAACCCCAUUGAAAAAUACUACUAGAAAUAACAUUGAAUUAAGUUUGUCUUCAAUCAAGUGGCAGCCAAAAUCAAGAAAUGGAAGUUCAAGGUCUUUCUCUUCAACUAAUUCUUCCUCAACUGGUGAUUCUUUCUCAUCAUCUAAUUGGUCUUUCAACUCCAAUAAUGAGUUUAAUUUCCUCAAGAGAAGCAGUUCAGAUAUUGAAGGUUCAAUUGAGGCUGCUGUUGCUCAUUGUAAAAAAUCCCAAGAACUACACUGGUUGAGGAAAUGAGUUGUUAUCUCCGUAAUUCUUGUCUCAUGAACUAACUUUUGGGUUCGAGGAAGAGUGAAAGUCCAUUUCUUGUUCUUUUUCUAACUAGAACUGAACCUUCGCUAGUUUAGUAAAAGCACCUGGCUUUAUCUUACACCUAUCAUUCCUUAUUAUUGUAUUUUUCAAUGUUGGACUCCCGUGUUAUGUUAUUCACAGUACUCUUGGACGUGGGGGAGAGUGUUAACUCCCCUAUUUGUACAAAGAAAGAACGUUUAUA